UAUGAAUAAAAUUCUUAGAGGGUUUUCAACAGUAAAAUCAAUGAAAUUCAUCAAAGAUAAAUAACCAAUAAUAAAGAUUAGUGAAUUACCUUCUGGAAUAAAAAUAUUUACUGAAUAAACGGCUUUUCCAUUUGCUUCUGACAUAGGAAUUUGUUUUAAAGCAGGAUUAAGAAAUGAACUACCUUCAGAAACAGGCUCAUUAUUCAGUCUAAACUAACACAUGUAUCAUAUUUCUGAGAACGAUUGUCUAGAAAAUUUGUAAGUUUCUAAGCUAUUUAGUGAAUAAACACUUCGAACUGGAUGCAUUUUGGAUUAAACUUAUGACUCAGAAUUAUCUUAUUGGAAGUGUUAAUUUAUACAGGAAGACUUUGAUAUGAUUGUAGAUGUCUUAUUAAAACUUGCUUUAACAACUAAAAAAAUUGCAAAAGAAACAAGAGAUUAAUUUAAAACCAUGAAUAUUCCAUAAGAAAGAGUAUUAAAUAGAAAUAUUUAGAUGACUGUAGAUGAAGUUAUAAAAAAAGCUGCAUUUGGUAAGCAUCCAUUAGCAAAUGCUAAGACAACUGCUUAAAUACUUCCUAAAUAGGAAGACUUUUCUAGAUUUUAAGAAUAAAUGCUUACUAGUUAAAAUAUGAUAAUUGGUUAUGCUGGAGUUUGGACCCAUGAAUAAUUUAGAGAAUAUAUUGAAAAAAAAUUAGUAAAUCAUCAAUAAUGUAAUUAUACCAAAAUAAAUGAUAGUUUUCCAAAGAUAAUUAAGAAAAUAAACAACCCCAGAAUUCCUUUCUCAAACCUAUGCGUUAAACGAUGAUAAAAAUGAUACUAUUGAUAUUGCACUACUAUUUAAAGGAAUUAAAUGGAGUGAUAAAAAUAUGCCCACUUAGCAUAUAUUAAACUAAAUUUUAGGAUCUUCAAGUAUUUAAAGUAUCUCAUAGGUUCUUGGUCAACUGGUGGUCCUGGAAAAGGAAUGAGAUCCAGAACAACACUUAAUUUAAUGUAAUCAAUAUAGUCUGUAGAAGAGGCUUCAGGGAUUUCUUCAAUAUUCUCUGAUGCUGGAAUAUUUGGUUUGAGAGUUUAAGGACCUCCUGGUUCCAAAUAAGAAUUAUACUCAAGUUUAAUAGAUGAAUUCAGAUAGUUGGGAUAGCCAAUGAGUGAUGAAGAAUUUUUUAGAGGGAAAAAUAUAGCUAUAACAUUAAUAAAUUUGAAUUUAGAGAGAUAAGCAGAUCGAUUAGAAGAAUAAAUUAAAACUGUAAAUGAUUCAAAUUAUGCAAGACUUUUUUGAUGGGAUAAAAUGCUGUACCACUUUAUGAAAGUUUGUUUGAAAAUGUCACUAAAGAAUAACUUUAAGAUUAUAUAAAAAACCUUAUAAAUAAUUCUGAACCUACUCUCAUGUAUUAUGGUAAAAAUGUGUAGGACAUUCCAACUCUGUAAUAGAUUAAAAGAAAUUUGAGAAAAUGA